AUGCAACUCAAUACACUCAAUCCAACAACAAGAGAGCUACCAUCAUUCAGCGAAGCCCUUAAAGUUGCAGUUGCCGGCGAAAAAAUGUCACACGAUCACAUCGUGAGGCUUUUAAAUCCACGUACAAAGGAUGAGAUUGAUGCUUUACACAGUGCUGCAGGUGCAGUCACACAGAGAGUCUUCCAUAACGAAGUUUCAGUUCGUGGUAUUGUCGAAUUCUCCAACGCUUGCGAAAAGAGAUGCCAUUAUUGCGGUGUUAACUCCUACGAACCAUUCUUGAUCCCACAAGAAGCUAUUCUUAACAGUUGCAAAUUCAUGUGGGCCAAGGGAUAUAGAAACCUUGUUCUUCAAUCUGGUGAAAUCACAUCUCGUCAAAGAAUGGAUUGGAUUGCAUCUCUUCUUGAUAAGAUUUUCAAAAAGUACGGCAAAGACAAAGACACUGGUAUGUGCAUUAUUCUCAGUAUCGGUGAAUUAGACUACGCAGAUUAUAAGAGAUUUUACGAUAUGGGUGUACAGAGAUUCUUAUUGCGUAUCGAGUCAAGUAAUCCAAAGCUCUACGCUACAAUGCAUCCAGCAGACCACUCUUGGGCGAGAAGAGUCGAAUGUUUACAGAAUCUUAAGAAAAUCGGCUAUGUUACAGGAAAUGGCUGCCUCAUUGGCGUUCCUCAUCAAACAUUUGAUGAUCUUGCAGGAGAUAUUGAGUUCUUCCGCGAUGGCCAUUACCCAAUGAUUGGAAUGGGACCUUAUCUUAUUCAUAAUGAUACAAAGAUGGGCCGCGAGAUCCUUGCAUCAACAACCCCUGAUGAGCGUAAAGAAAUCGAUGCUAGAAAGGUCCAAGCUACUCUUAAUAUGUAUGAUACUCUCAGACUUGCUUGUCCAUACAACAAUAUCGCUGCUACAACAGCCCUUGAUACAUUGUUCCCAGGCGGUAAGUUUAUUGCUCUUCAGGGAGGUUCCAAUGUCUGCAUGCCCAUAAUUACUCCAAAGGUCUACAGAGGAGGCUAUCAGCUUUACGAAGGUAAGAAGGAAGUCGAUGAAGAUAACGAGCAGACUCACCAGAGAUUGGUUAACCUCUGCAAGAGACUCGGAAAGACUCCUGUAUUCAACAGAUGGAACCAUCCUCCUGCUUACUACCAGGAACGUGAGAGAGCUUUGAAGGAAGGUAAGUCCGUUUAA